CUUGUCGUCUAUCAUCAGCACACGCCAAAGUCUAAAUUGGAUUUAUCCAAUAAAAUAAUUGAAAAUCAGAACACCUUAAGGAAGAAAUUCUCGAAGAAAAAUCUCCAUGGCUCGUGUGGCUUCGAAUCCUUUAGGCCUCCAUAGAUUCCGGCCAUAUUUUCAAGCCGAUCAACUUCCACAGCUGCUCAUGAAAUCCUCUCUUCGCUGCCAAACUAAGCCUAGCCGGUUACCAACCAUUAUAGCUUGCCAAACAGACUCCAAACCCACCGAAACCUCCACAAAGGAGAAGGUGCUUGCUGAGUCUGCUUCAGUAACCGAUACUAAAACCGAAGGUUCAACUUCGUCCCCCACCUCUGGAUUGCCCGUUCCCAAUAAAGAUUUAAAUAGGCAAAUAGCGGCGGUUUCUGUGCUUGCGGCGCUGGGGCUUUUCUUAUCCGCGCGGCUGGAUUUCGGUGUUUCUUUAAAGGACCUGUCUGCUUAUGCUGUACCAUACGAAGAGGCUCUCUCCAAUGGAAAGCCCACUGUUGUGGAGUUCUAUGCGGAUUGGUGUGAAGUGUGUAGAGAGUUAGCUCCAGAUGUUUACAAAGUUGAACAGCAGUUCAAGGAUCGUGUUAAUUUUGUUAUGCUGAAUGUUGACAAUACAAAAUGGGAACAAGAACUUGAUGAGUUUGGUGUUGAGGGUAUUCCACAUUUUGCAUUCCUGGACAAAGAUGGGAAUGAAGAGGGUAAUGUGAUUGGUAGAUUUCCGAGACAGUUCCUCCUUGAGAAUGUAGAUGCUCUUGCUCGCGGGGAAGCAAAUGUUCCUCAUGCUCGUGUUAUUGGACAGUAUUCAAGUGCUGAAUCUAGGAAGGUGCACCAAGUUGUUGAUCCUAGAAGUCAUGGAUAGAUGCUAUUCCUCCUUCAAAAGUGACCCGACUGAUUGUCACUUGAAGUGUAGCUCGAAGGUAAUAUGUUUCCCAAUUACUGAUGUUCUUCUCCUUGUACCAAAUUUCUGCAAGUCUGUAGGAUGAGGCGGCAUUAAUUUAGAGAUGAUGUUCAUGGGAUAAGACCAAGGUUCUCUGUUAGCAUGGAACACUUCCUUUGUCAGGGUUCACAUUCAUUUGAAAGGGUCUUUUCUGAAAAUGAAUCCAAGAAGUAAUUUUGAUCAAUUUAUAAAUUGCUUCAUUUGGUUGCUAAUGCAUUAAUAUAAUCUUAUUUGAGUACAUCCAUAUCAAGAUGCAUUAGCACAUGAUUACAAUUUAUUCCUUUCAUAAGCCAAGAACUCAUGACAUUGAAGGAGUACAACUUGGCUUUACCUUUGAUGAUGGAAUUUUUUUUUGAAAG